AUGACAAUAACGUUCAAAACUCCGGGAGGCUUUCAGUUGAACCCCCGGAUUCCCGCGGCCGCGGAGGUUGGUGGGUCCACCCGCGGCCGAUCUUGCGAGUGUGUCUACCCGCGGCGGACGGGCAAAUUAUCGCGGAGAAUCUCAUCUGUUCGGAUCGAUCGUGACCCUGUGGCUGAUGGCGGCUUACCCACAACUCCCGGCCUCCUCCAUACUGACCGUCCAUGCGAACCCCAGAAGAUUAACGAGCCAUGGGCGGCGCCGGUAGAGUUCCCGUCUGUUUAUUUUGUUGACCGAUACGUCUUCCAGCAGCAUCGUAUCCACGUCCCGACCGCCUGUACCGGGACCAGUGCAUUUCCCACCGGUUUCAUAGGAGCAACCCAGGCGGAGCAAGACUCGUACGUCUCGGCCUUCUUCGGUGGAGUCCACAGAUGGCUGCCUGUUCUCGAUGAAGAGCGCUUCCGCGCCCGGUUACUGGGGAAAACGCCCGUGGAGUUGCCCGCGGAUGUGGCAUUGCUUCUUCUCUGCAUGAGGCUCAUCACCUCGGCACCCUCCGAGUCGUCACGAAACGGGACCCGCACCGACCUUCAUCUUGCAGCUAAACGGGGGUUUCUAAACUUGGAGAUGGCAGGUGUUCUGUCUGUCGAAUCUCUGGAAGCUGGCCUGCUCAUCUCUCUCUACGAGAUUAGCCAUGCCAUCUACCCAUCCGCGUUUCUAUCAGUGGGCGCUUGUACACGCUACGGCCAGGCCAUGGGCUUUGGCGGACCCAAUACCUUAAAGCUACGCCCUCCAUAUAAUCGCAGCGAACUUGAAGAGAGUAGACGACUAUGGUGGGCCGUUGUUCUCCUAGACAGAUAUCUCAAUCUCGGCUCUCCAAGUCGACUCGCCUCCGUCCAUGAUCCAAUAGACGAUGGUAGCAUGGUCGUCUAUGAUGAUUCUCAAGAAACAGCCAACGCCAACAGCUUUGGAUCCAGCAAGUCCGGGCGGCGUGACCAAGGUUGUCCUGCCUUGAUUGCACAGGCCACUAGACUACUGGGAAAAGUGCUGCGGCACACAUCCAAUAGCUAUUGCUCUGAAGUGGACUUGGAAGCCCAGAGUCUCGAACUCGAAUUGUCGUUACACCAACGGCAAGAAAACGAAUCCUCACAACUAGGCCGCACAAUAGCCUCACUCAUCGAUGCCGCAGAGACUGAAGCCAGGAAGUGGGCAGUUCCUAUCGAAGAACAGCUUAUGAUUUGCUACAGUUCUCUCUUUGCUCUCUAUAACCACUACGAGGCCUGCAAAGGCGAUCAUGCGCAGUGGGACGAGCUGACAUUGGCCGCUGUCGAAGCAACAAGGGUGAAAGUCAUUGAGCGGUGCAAAGAUCUCCUUUCCGACCCAGCAAGCAGUUUGGAGAGCAUCUCACCCUUCUUCCUUCACUGCAUUUAUAUGGCUGCCAUUUCUAGCCAAUCCGCGCCGCAGACCGCUACCGCGACAAGGGAUGUGCUUGUGAAAGCGCUUAGACGCCUUGAGCGUCGUUGGCAAGCAGCUGGUGAGACCAAUGUCCUGUGA